GCUUGAGGGUGAACUGAAGCUGGCCCAGGAGAUCAUCAUGGAUCUUGAGGAAUCUGGUGGUGCCACUGCUGCUCAAAUUGAGAUGAGCAAAAAGCGUGAGGCUGAGUUCCAGAAGUUGCAUCGUGACAUUGAAGAGUUCACCUUGCAGCAUGAAGCCACUGCUGCAGCUCACCGCAAGAAGCAGGCUGACAGCGUGGCUGAGCUGGGAGAGCAGAUUGACAACCUCCAACGUGUCAAGCAGAAGCUUGAGAAGGAGAAGAGUGAAUACAAGAUGGAGAUUGAUGAUGUCUCUAGCAAUAUGGAGGCUGUUGCUAAUUCCAAGACAAAUCUGGAGAAGAUGUGCCGCACCCUUGAAGACCAACUCAGUGAAACCAAGGCCAAGAGUGAUGAGGGUGUCCGUCAGGUCAAUGACCUCAGUGCUCAGAGAGCAAGACUUCAGACUGAAAAUGGUGAGCUUGGCCGCCAGGUUGAGGAGAAAGAUGCUCUUGUGUCUCAGCUGACCAGAAGCAAGCAGGCCUUCACUCAGCAAGUUGAGGAGCUGAAGAGACUGAAUGAAGAGGAAGUCAAGGCCAAGAAUGCCCUGGCUCAUGCUGUUCAGUCAGCUCGCCACGACUGCAACCUUUUAAGGGAGCAGUUUGAGGAGGAGCAGGAAGCAGCUUCAACGUGGCAUGUCCAAGGCCAACAGCGAGGUUGCUCAGUGGAGGACCAAGUAUGAAACUGAUGCCAUCGCACUGAGGAGCUUGAGGAGUCU